GUCAGUGUAGAUCCAAUUUCUUCCGGGGGUCAGUCUUGUGCAAGGCAUCUAUCUAUUGCGCUAAUUCAGGGGAUUUACUGCUACCACCUGCAGUCUCCGCCUGUGUUUGCUGGAGCGAGUAAAAAGCAAAACUUACCUCCAAAGCCCACCCUCUUCUGCUCUCAGCUGCAUCGUCAUAAGUGCGCAAUGGAAGCUUAGGGUUCCGCUGCUGCAUUUUGAGGUUGUGCUUUGAUCUAGCUUCUACUUUCCUGAGUCAUUUUAUGCCCCAGCUUGGCUUAAGCAGGUUUCAUAUCCAAACUCAGAUUUUGAUACCUGAUUUCUUUAGUCUCUGAAGCCCUGAUAUCUGCCGUGAUGGGAAAGACUCCUGGAAAAUGGAUCAAGGCCUUACUUUCGGGGAAGAAAUCAAAGUCUCAUUCAUCAAAAAGGAAAGAUUCCUUUAAACCCUCAAGUACCAAGGAUGUGCUGGCAGUGUCCUCUGAAGCACAUGUGUCUGAUCCAAUUGCAGAUUCAACAGUGAUAUCCCAACCCACUUCAGGAGCUACUGCAAGCAAGGGAUGCCUUUCCGAAAAGGGCUUAGUCAGUGAAUUGUCAAACGACAGGGUUAUUCUCUCAGCUAGAGAUGAGGAGACCAGUGCACAAGUUGUUGUUGGUUUUGGUUCACAGGAUGAUCCUGAGAAAAUCAAGCUUAACCAAGCUGCUAUAAAAGCUCAGACUGCUUUUAGAAGUUAUCAGGCUCGACGGGAAUUUCAAACACUCAAAGGUGUUGUACAGUUGCAAGCCCUUAUCCGUGGUAACUUGGUCAGAAAACAAGCUGUUGCUACUUUAUACUGUGUGAAAGGAAUUGUUAAAUUUCAAGCAUUGGUUCGUGGUAACAAGGUUAGGCGUUCUGAUAUUGGUCUUGCAGUGCAUAAAAUUUGCAAGGAUACUAAAUGCUUAAUUGCUGUUGAAGCAUCAGCAUCUACUCAGACAGAGAAGCUGUCAAAAAGUGUCUUUGUUAACAAGCUUCUGGCUUCAUUAUCCUCUGUCUCUCCUCUAUGUAUCGACUAUAAUCCUGAACAACGUAAUUUAGCUUCAGACUGGCUUGACCGUUGGACGAAUUCUCACUUCUGGGCACCUCUUCUGGGUCUGGAAUCAAAAACAAAACUUGACUCAGCAUCUAGUGAGAAAAUUUGCAACAGUCACAGAAAUAAUGACGGCCAAGUUAAAAGAAUUGGCUGGAAAAGUUCUGGUGUAAAAGUUAAUGAUGGUUCCGUCUCAGAUUCAAGCAAAAAUAAACAGCGCCCAAAAAAGGUUUCAACUCACCCAUCACAUUCAGGCCAAGAAAAUGCACAGAAGGAAGUUGAGAAAAGUAAUUUAAGAAAACCACUCAAGCAGAAUGUUUCUGAUAGAUCUGAGACUGUUAAUGGGAAAGGAAAAGACUUACCAAGAAGAGAAUCUGGUCAUACUGUCACUGAUGCUUCAGAACAAGGACCAAAUGAUUCUGCAGGAAAAAUUAAAGAAUCAGCUAUGUCAAAAUCCAAACAGUCUGAUUAUGAGCAAGGCCUUGCACAACGAGCAGAAGAUGAACAUGGUUCUCCCAUAUCUAACUUGCAGUCUAGAUUGAAGAAUGGUAAAGAUGAUGGUAUUGACAGUGUGAGCCCUAAGAAUUACCAGAGAAGAGCUUCACUGCCUGCUAAGUUUGACAGUCAAGAUGACGGUGUGCAAAAAACUCCAAGACUGCCCAGUUACAUGGCUCCUACUGAAUCUGCAAAAGCUAGGGUAAGAGGACAAGGCUCCCCUAGGCUUGUUAGUGAAUUGGUAGAUAAAAAUGGUUCAACCAGGCGGCAUUCACUUUCAUCUUCGGUCAAUGGCAAGUUAGGUUCAAUUUCUCCACUAGCAGAAAGUCUGGGAGCUUUGAGCAGCAAGGGAGUAAAUAGAACUGAUAGAUCUCUGUCAUCUUCAAGGGAUGGGAGUGAGAAGUUGAUCCAACCUAAGUGGAGAAGGUGAUGUUACGUGGUACAGCAGUACGAGGAUAGACUGAGAGAUGAAAGUUGAUGAAAAUUAUGACGAGUUAUGUUACGGCAUUUCUGUAACCAUCAUUCUUGUUUGUGAACAUAGAUACAGGAGAAAGAUUUGUCUUUUAAGCAGGUUCUGGUAUAUCUGGCACAAGGAAUAUUUUGGUGAUUGUAUACUUGAUUUCAGCUUAUGAACCCUUUUUCUUUU